GCCGGAAACCGUUUCCAGCUCAACGCCCCGCUCCUUCCCUUCCUCCCUUCUUCGCCGCCUCGGAGCCCUUUUUCGGUCGGGGCUGCUCAGGAGAGGGUGCCGUGAGGCGGGAAGGUCAACAACGGGUGUAGAGGAAGAGGGGGAGGGGAACAGGAAGAGCCGGGCCGGCGUCGUUUCCAUCUUCCGCGAUCCAAGAUGAAGAUCUGGACCUCCGAGCACACCUUUGAUCAUCCCUGGGAAACAGUCACCACUGCUGCUAUGCAGAAAUAUCCAAAUCCUAUGAACCCCAGUGUGAUCGGUGUUGACGUCCUGGACAGGCACGUAGAUCCCAGUGGAAAGUUACACAGCCACCGACUGCUCAGUACAGAAUGGGGAAUGCCAUCAAUUGUAAGAUUGCUUAUUGGUCCCUGUAGAACAAAAACAUAUGUAGAAGAACACUCUGUAGUUGAUCCAAUGAAGAAAGUAAUGGAGCUCAAGUCUACUAAUAUUUCAUUUACAAAUCUGGUGUCAGUGGACGAGAGUCUUAUUUACAAACCACAUCCUCAAGAACCAGAAAAAACCAUUUUGACUCAAGAGGCAACAAUCUGUGUGAAAGGGGUCAGUGUCAGCAGUUACCUAGAAGGACUAAUGGAAAACACUAUAUCUUCUAAUGCUAAAAAAGGUCGUGAAGCACUGGAAUGGGUGAUCAACAAGCUGAAUGCUGAAAUAGAGGAAUUCACUGCUUCAGCAAGAGGAAACAUGCGGUCACCCAUGGCAGCGGCAGCCUUUGUGGGGAAAUAAUGUAGAGCUACAUAUGUAUGCAUCAGUGGUUAGGCCUGAAUAUCUGAGGCAAACAGUUGUGCACUUCUUCCAGGCUGGAAAUAUUUAUUCUUCUACCUAUUUUUUAAAAAGAAAAUCUGUAUAUUAGAUUUUUAAAUUAAACUUGGAGAGAAGUUGCAUACCUCUGUAAAAUGAAGGUACUACACAUGACUGUGGAAUUCAAUGGGACAUAGUACUCAGUGGAAGAUAAUCCAAAGGUUGAGGAUCAAAGGAGUCUUGUAAUGCUGGAACUAAGCUUCCAACGUACAGUAGUCUUCCAACAGAGCAAGCUGUAGAACGCUAAUGAAAAUACCUACUUUGAUAGAAUUCAGGUUUACCUGGACUCUCUUACUUUCAGUGCCAUUCCAAAAAUGAAGAAUUAUUAUUCUGGACCCAGAAUAAUCUGCUUGGUUUGAGGCAGCUAGUGAUAGGUCUUGGUUUGGAUGAACAACGUUUAUUACUUGAAAUAUGAUUCCUUAUACAACAUUUUUUUGUAUGCUGCUUUCAUUGUUACUGUUUUUAACAUGAGAACAUGGUACUUAAAUACUUGUCAUGCAUAUCUUUGAAUAAGAAAUAAAUUGAUGCUUUGUAAUUUUGAAAGUUUAUCAACUAAAGUUGUGUGCUAGCUGUAAUUCUGGAAGAAACUGCAUGUUAUAUAGCCAAAAGAAACUUUGGUCAAGUCUUUGGUCCACAAUUUCAGUUUUUGUAUAAAAAUGGAAACUCUGAGACAAACAUAUCCUGUUAACAAUGUAACAUCGUUAAAUGAGUUUCAUAAAUCAUGAGUCAUAUGUUUGCUUAGCAAGAUACCACGGGCAAAUUGAAUGUCUUAAAGUAGUUUGUAUUUUGUUUUUUGUUCGUUUUCCUUGGGGGGGGAGAAUGGGUUAAUCUAGUCAUUUGUAGAGCAGUUCUAAGCGAAGUCACACCCUUCUAAGCGCC